GCGGCGCGGGCCGGCGAGGGAGGCACGUCACUUCCUGUUUCCUUAGGGGAACGUGGCUUUCCCCGCAGCGCCCGACUUCCUCUGUACGUCUGUGCUGCAGCGGCCGGAGCUGGAGUCAGACCCCGAGCACAGCCCCGCCAUGGAUUCGGCCCUCAGCGAUCCGCAUAACGGCAGCGCGGAGGCGAGUGGCGCAGCCAACGGCACGACGCGGCCGCCAUCCACGCCCGAGGGCAUCGCACUGGCCUACGGCAGCCUCCUGCUCAUGGCGCUGCUGCCCAUCUUCUUCGGCGCCCUGCGCUCAGUGCGCUGCGCCCGCGGCAAGAGCCCCUCCGACAUGCCCGAGACCAUCACCAGCCGGGACGCGGCCCGGUUCCCCAUCAUCGCCAGCUGCACGCUCCUGGGGCUCUACCUCUUUUUCAAGAUAUUCUCCCAGGAGUACAUCAACCUUUUGCUGUCCAUGUAUUUCUUCGUGCUGGGAAUCCUGGCCCUGUCCCACACCAUCAGCCCCUUCAUGAAUAAGUUUUUUCCAGCCAACUUCCCAAAUCGACAGUACCAGCUGCUCUUCACUCAGGGCUCCGGGGAGAACAAGGAAGAGAUCAUCAAUUAUGAGUUUGACACCAAGGACCUGGUCUGCCUGGGCCUGAGCAGCGUCGUCGGUGUCUGGUACCUGCUGCGGAAGCACUGGAUCGCCAACAACCUCUUUGGCCUGGCCUUCUCCCUUAACGGGGUGGAACUCCUGCACCUGAACAAUGUCAGCACUGGCUGCAUCCUGCUGGGCGGCCUCUUCAUCUACGAUGUGUUCUGGGUAUUUGGCACCAACGUGAUGGUGACUGUGGCCAAGUCCUUUGAGGCACCGAUAAAAUUGGUGUUUCCUCAGGAUCUGCUGGAGAAGGGCCUGGAAGCAGACAACUUUGCCAUGCUGGGACUUGGAGAUAUCGUCAUUCCAGGCAUCUUCAUUGCCUUGCUGCUGCGUUUUGACAUCAGCUUGAAGAAGAACACCCACACCUACUUCUACACCAGCUUUGCAGCCUACAUCUUUGGCCUGGGCCUUACCAUCUUCAUCAUGCACAUCUUCAAGCACGCGCAGCCCGCCCUCCUGUACCUGGUCCCCGCCUGCAUCGGCUUUCCUGUCCUGGUAGCAUUGGCCAAGGGAGAAGUGACAGAGAUGUUCAGCUACGAGUCCUCAGCGGAAAUCCUGCCUCAUACCCCGAGGCUCACCCACUUCCCCACAGUCUCGGGCUCCCCAGCCAGCCUGGCCGACUCCAUGCAGCAGAAGCUAGCUGGCCCUCGCCGCCGGCACCCGCAGAAUCCCAGCGCCAUCGGAAGGUUCAAGAAGCUUAAAGUUGGUCUGCACAAGCCCAAGCCCAACCUCUCCUCCACUUGCCACUGCCCUUGCCACCUCUUGGCACUACCAGGCACAGUGAAAGCAGAGCAGCCUUUCGGAGGAGGGCACGCGGUGGGGCCGGGGCCAAGUCCUGGAAGUUAUGAGGAAUCAGAUCCUAAGGAUCCAGCGGCAGUGACUGAACCCAAAGAAGGAACAGAGGCGUCGGCAUCGAAGGGGCUGGAGAAGAAGGAGAAGUGACGCGGUGCUGUCUGACCACUGAGGGAGGCCAGACCGGCCGGGCGGGGGCCGAGCGGGGGCCCGCAGAGGCAAGACUGCAGGGGCCCAGGCAGCUCCAGGGCGGGGGGCACCCGGCCCUCCAGCGGGGGCCUCCCCCUUCUGUGGAUUUCCUCUGCCCCCUUCACCCCUGCCAGCUAAGGAAGCCCCAGUUUCCCCCACCCCCUCCAAGUGCCAGGUGGGAAAAGUGGGUCUGAUUUUUAGCUUUUUGUAUUGUGGACUGACUUUGCCUCACAUUAAAGACUCAUCCCAUUGCCACUG